UCACAGAACACAAGCUGUAAAGUAAGUGAAUCAUGUGUGGCUCAUUUAAUUUUAAAGGAGGCCUCUGAGCAGAGCUUAGAACAAUUUUUUCCUCUGAGUGCCGUUUCCCAAAGGUACUCACAGAACAAUAAGGUGUGACCAAAAUGGCUGCACUGAGUUGUCUUUUGGACAGUGUUAGAAGGGACAUAAAGAAGGUGGACAGAGAAUUAAGGCAACUGAGAUGUAUCGAUGAACUCAGCUCCCGCUGCCUGUGCGACCUCUACAUGCACCCCUACUGCUGCUGCGACCUGCACCCCUACCCCUACUGCCUCUGCUACUCCAAGCGGUCCCGCGCCUGUGGCCUGUGUGACCUCUACUACCCGUGCUGCCUCUGCGACUACAAGCUGUACUGCCUGCGCCCAUCGCUCCGCAGCCUAGAGAGACUCAGAAGGACCACGAACAGAAUCCUGGCCUCAUCUUGCUGCAGCAGCAACAUCUUGGGAUCGGUGAACGUGUGCGGCUUUGAGCCCGACCAAGUCAAAGUGCGCGUGAAAGAUGGGAAGGUCUGUGUGUCAGCCGAGAGGGAGAACAGGUACGACUGCCUCGGAUCCAAAAAGUACAGUUACAUGAACAUCUGCAAAGAGUUCAGCUUGCCGCCAUGCGUGGACGAGAAAGACGUGACAUACUCCUACGGGCUCGGCAGUUGCGUCAAGAUCGAGUCUCCCUGCUACCCUUGCACAUCUCCCUGCAAUCCCUGUAACCCCUGCAGCCCCUGUAGCCCCUGUGGUCCGUGCGGCCCCUGCGGCCCCUGCGGUCCCUGCGGCCCCUGCGACCCUUGCAACCCCUGCUACCCCUGUGGAAGCCGAUUCUCCUGUAGGAAGAUGAUCUUGUAAGGCGUAUGUAAGAACGGAUGUCUUAGCAGCAGUCAGUAGGCCAGCCAGGCAGCUCUAGAGCGCUUCUCUUCCCCUUCCGGUAGCCCAUGUGGUUCAAGUCCAUAGGAAACUGAAUACACAACUGCAAUCUGA